AUGGAGAGCAGCAUCAUCUUCACGGAAACCUGGGUAACAGACGAGCCGUCCUGGGACGGGGAGCCAGAAUCGAUGGCCUCCCCACUGGAGCCCCACCACGUUACCAGCGUCCGAUUGCAGAGCCAGGCCCCAGCAGGCCGGGGCACUGCGGCCUUGACUUCUCGGGUCGAGGGCCUCCUGGCCCAUCUCAGCGAAUUGAUGGCCGGGAUGGUGGGGAGGGCACCUGGGGCCCAGGUGGGCAAGGGGGCUACGGUGUGGCCCCAAGGACCCCCCAAAGGAGGCUUGGGGACCAGAGCUCUCUGGACCAACCACGAGGACCACCGCGAGCAGGACCAGCCGCAGGCAGUCUCUGAACCGUUGAGGAGGGCCUCUGUGAGCACUGAUGGAGAGGCUGGGCUCCGGCCCCAGGAGUCCAGCGGGAACCGCACUCCCCGCCCGCCCGCUUCCAGCAGCUCCGCGUUAAUCACAGAGCCUCCACGCAUCACCGUUCAGGUUAGCCCGGGGGUCACAGAGCCCCAGCUGGAUGAGACCUGCAGUGGAAAGGUGGACGUCUCCCUGUUCUCUGACUUUGGGACUGGCCUCCGCUACCCACCGUCUGCCUGCUGCGUGAAUCUAAGGUCCAUCCAGUGCCCCCCAAAGAGUUCCCCGGGCCGGAGCUGCCCUGCCACCGGCCCCAACAUUCCCCAGCUCCCCAAGGCCACCCUCAGACACUCAGCAGAGCCUGCACCCAAGCGGCCAGGGCCAGCAGGCCUGGGAACGGACCGCCUUCUCCACUUCGACCCUGCUCCGCCCUGGAAUGAGGCCACAGCUGUGCCCUCAGCCAGGGCUCCUCCUGCCCCCCACCUCCCUGUCCAUCUGGAGCCACGAUGGACUCGGGGCUUCUCUCCUGUUCUCGCUGCCACGGUCUCCAGUAGGGCUGUGGCCGGCCAGGUGGACCCCCACCCACAGGCAGGACUCGGGCCCUGUUGUUGGGGAAGGCAUGGCUUAGCUGGGAAGCAAGACCACCACCCCACAACCAAAGGCAAAUGGGACAGCACACCCAGGUCCCACCCAGCUAAGGCAGAUGUCAUCCUCUGCUUUCAUCAGGGGACGUCUGGUUGCAGGCUGAGGUCCAGAGCCCGAGUGAGUGACCCAGACAUGCCCCCCAGCCCCAACUACCCACACUGGUCAGGCCCAGCACCUGCACAUCCGCUCGUCUCUUUGUUCUGAUGAUUGGAAAAAGUGCUACCAGAGGUCUGGACGCCUGCCAACUGUCCUGCCCGCGGUCAGUGUGAUGCAGCUGGGUGGGUCGGCUAUGUCCCCUUCUCGCAAUACAGCACCUGAAGAAGUCUGCCGGUUUCCCUCACGCCCCAUGUCUGUGUCCUCACGUCUGGGCCACAGGCCCCUUGGAAAGUGGACGUGCGUCCCAGACGCCUGUGGUCCCCUCCCUCCCCUGGCCCUAGGGCGGGCUUGCCCCUCUGCCUAUCCCACGAUGCUCAUGGGUGGUGUGAGACCACGGUCACGCACGCGUGCAUCUUGGCCUCCAGGUUUCCUGAACCCACAGUCAGCGCCAGAAUGAACACGGUGCUGACUCCCUCCCAACACACAGGGGAUGGAGGAGGCCCCAGGAAGGGGAGGCGUGUUCCUGAACUGACGAGGAUUCUGAGUAAGUUCCAUCUGGUCAGAGCUUUGGUCUUCCCAGGAGUCACAUGUGGAUGUGAGAGUUGGACCAUAAUGAAGGCUGAGAGCUGAAAAAUUGAUGCUUCUGAACUGUGGUGUUGGAGAAGACUCUUGAGAGUCCCUUGGACAGCAAGGAGAUCCAACCAGUCCA